CCGUUACCGUCGAGCGCUGCCGCGAGGCGAAUCUCUCCUCGAGGCGACGUUCCGUGCAUCGACACCACGCGUGGUCGUCAUAGCGCGAACAUCUGCGGAGCGUAUCGCGGAAUAAUCACAACUGUAUACCUCUUCUCUGCUUUUCGCAGCUCGAACGUGCAACGUGCAACGCGAUCGCGGCGGUCGGCAGCUCUAUUUACAUACAUACACACGUUAAUAUACAGGGUGUUCAAUAAGACCGCAGGGCGCAGAACGAACACGCAUGUAUUUCAGAGGCCAAGUGUGCGACUGGGACGAAGAUUUUUAUACAAGUCGUACUCUACGACGGUGAACGUGGGACUCGGUAGGUCGCCGGUGGAAAUGGCGAAUCGGAAAACUCCGUUGGUUUUUGAGGUGCUCGCCGAGUGCGAAACCACGAAAGCCAGGACCGGCAGGAUGACGCUUGUUCAUCAUCACGUGGAUACGCCAGUAUUUAUGCCGGUGGGAACACAGGGAACACUAAAAGGAUUGUUGCCACAGCAACUGGAGCAAUUGGAUUGCCAGAUAAUUCUUGGCAAUACCUACCAUCUCGGAAACAGACCUGGCGCAGAUAUUCUGCGUAAAGCUGGAGGUUUACACAAAUUUAUGAAUUGGAAAAGGGCUUUGUUAACGGACUCGGGUGGUUUCCAAAUGGUUUCAUUAUUAGAGCUAGCUGAGAUAACAGAAGAAGGUGUCAAGUUUAAAUCACCAUACAAUGAAUCUGAAUGCAUGUUGACACCCGAACAUUCCAUUCAAAUUCAAAAUGCAAUUGGAGCUGACAUAAUUAUGCAGCUCGAUGAUGUCGUUAAAAGUACUUUAACCGGACAAAGAGUGGAGGAAGCAAUGCAUAGAACGAUACGUUGGGUGGACCGUUGUUUGUCAGCACAUGAAAGACCAGAUGAGCAAAGUAUAUUUCCAAUUGUACAGGGUGGUCUCGAUCCUGAAUUACGAUCUGAAUGCGCACGCCAAUUGAUUAAGCGAGAUGUGAACGGGUAUGCUGUAGGAGGUUUGAGUGGUGGUGAGAGCAAGGAUGAUUUUUGGAGAAUGGUCCACCUAUCAACGAAUAUCCUUCCGAAGAAUAAACCGCGGUACCUCAUGGGUGUUGGAUUUGCAGUGGAUCUAAUUGUAUGCAGUGCAUUAGGUAUUGAUAUGUAUGAUUGCGUAUUCCCGACGAGAACCGCUAGGUUUGGUUGCGCGCUGGUAAAAACGGGACAGCUUAGUCUGAGGCAGGCGCGAUAUAAGAAAGACUCGAGACCGAUAGACGAGUCGUGCGAGUGUAGUACUUGCAAGACUUACACACGUGCUUAUCUGCAUCAAAUCGCAACUGUGGAGACGGUAUCGUGUCAUCUAUUAACCGUUCACAAUAUUGCAUUUCAAAUGAGACUCAUGCGAGACAUUAGACACAGUAUAAAAGAGCAAAGAUUCCCUAAAUUCAUACAGGACUAUAUGUCGACAGUUUAUCCCAAUAAAGAUUAUCCAACGUGGAUAAUCAACGCUUUAGGGACUGUCAAUGUUACUCUAUUAUAAAACUAGAAUUUGUACUGAGCCUACUGUUACACCCUUCCCUAUACUAUUUACAAUUUUAUAGAAUUUCUAUCUAUACAAUAAUUUUUAUAACUUAUUUCUGAAACUUAGUUAUCUUAUUGUGUCAAGAGAUAAUGACAUAUCUGAUUGUGAGUACUUGCAAGUUCUUAUAAGUAGGUAGGCAAGAACUUCACAAUCUGGUUUAUCAUUGGCAAGAUAAAUGUAGUUACACAGCACUUCUUUAAUUUAUGAAUGACAAAGCAGUCUUCUAUUAUACAGACAAGUGUAGUGUACAUUGAUACAGAAAUGUCUACAAUUUUGCAAAUACAUUUGUAAAAGAAUACGGCUAUAAAUAAAAUAAAUAAUCAUA